AUGAAAAAUGUAACCGAUUCUUUCGUUUCCUUGGGUCACUGGCCAUCCGCCGGGAGUUUCGGGUUUAAUACCGAUAUUUUAGCAACAAAUCUAAUAAAUCUAAGUGUAGUCCUUGGUGUAUUGAUUUUUUUUGGAAAGGGAGUGUUAAGUGAUUUAUUAGAUAAUCGAAAACAAAGGAUUUUGGAUACUAUUCGAAAUUCAGAAAAACUACGCGAGGGGGCUAUUGAACAGCUGGAAAAAGCCCGGGCCCGCUUACGGAAAGUGGAAAUAGAAGCAGAUCAGUUUCGAACGAAUGGAUAUUCUGAGAUAGAACGAGAAAAAUUGAAUUUGAUUAAUUCAACUUAUAAGACUUUGGAACAAUUAGAAAAUUACAAAAAUGAAACCAUUCAUUUUGAACAACAACGAACGAUUAAUCAAGUCCGACAACGGGUUUUCCAACAAGCCUUACAAGGAGCUCUAGGAACUCUGAAUAGUUGUUUGACCAACGAGUUGCAUUUACGUACCAUCAAUGCUAAUCUUGGCAUGUUUGGGGCGAUAAAAGAAAUAACUGAUUAGUCCUUCUACUGUAGGCAUUAUUUUUUUUUUUUUUUUUUUUCAAAAAAAAAAUUAAGAAAUACUCAUGGUAACCAUUCGAGCCGACGAGAUUAGUAAUAUUAUCCGCGAACGUAUU